CCCGCUUCCCGUCUCACCUCCCCCCUCUUAUGCUUCUCUAUUUAGGCUUGGCAGGACAGCAGGACCGAACAGACCGAAGAAGUUGACGCGAUGAACAAGUUCACGCUCGCCAUCGCCCUUGCCGCCCUCCUGGCGGUAAGCGCGGCGCUGCCCCAGCCCGACCCCGAGGCCCUGGCUCUGGCUGGCCCCGCCGCGGACCCCGCCCCGCAAAGGGGAUUUGGCAGGGGGCGGGGGAGAGGACGAGGUGGCCGCGGAAGAGGAAGAGGAGGAUUUGGCCGCGGAAGAGGAAGAGGAGGAUUUGGCCGCGGCGGAGGACGAUUUGACGGCCACAACGAUUUUGGCCACAAUGAUUUUGGUCAUGACAGUUUUAGCCACCACAACAGCCACCACGACAUCCACCACGAUUUUGGCCAUGGUAUCUUCGGCCACCACGACAGCCACCACGGCGGGCAUAGCUUCGGGGGUCAUGGAUUCAACGAUUUCGGCGGCCACGGGUUCGGUCACGGCGGUAUCCAUUAGUGACCUGUGACCUGCUGCUGUUGACCUUGCUUGCAAAUAAUGUUAUGUAAAUAGAAUAAUUUAAAAAGUCCAUAUCUGUUUGAUAUCGCAGGGCUUUCACCCAAGAACGAUUUUCGAUGAGGAUAGGCUUCCUGACGGCAUUUAUUUUUUCUCGUUUACAAAUAAAUAAAAGUGAUAAUGAUCA